GCUCGUCAGGUGCGGUUGUCUUCAAAAUGGAAUACGAAUAAUUUAAAUAAAAGCAAUUUUUCUAAUUUUUAAAACUAGCCAACACAAACACAUACAUAGAAGUAGCCUUUAAAAGGAUUAAUAAAAAUAAUAACAAUCCAAAAAACCGUUAGUGGAUUCGAAGAGAAAAAAAUUGAAAACAUUUUCAUACAAUAGCGUCAUCAUUGACAACAUAAGUGCGUGUUGGUAGGGAGUGCGGGAAAGUCCAUCUUCUGUAUGUUUCUCCGUUUAUGUAAUGGAUUUCCAGCAAUUAGCAACAAUAAACAAAAUUUUAAUGUAAAUUCUUUAUGGUAAACAAAUAAGAAAAAUAGAUUUAUUUUAAAAUAAAUAAACAAAAUAUAAAUAACAUUUCCUUUAUUGCUACAUGCGAGUACAAGUGGAAUUGAAAAUGAUUUUAACAAAAAAUGUGUUGUUGUAUCACCUGUUCAUAAGCUUUAGUCUUGUGGCCAUAACCAAUAGCCAAGUGUCUAAAUAUCCCUGUGCCUUUAUUGACACAGUCAACAUUACCGGCAGCUAUCCCCAUGAAGUGGCAAGUGAACUAAAUGCUACCUCGAUAGGGAAUUCCAAUAUGCCCAUUAAUAUAUCCUAUAUUUAUCAAUGGAUGAUUGUGCCUCCAGAACUGAUAGCUAUCUAUGACUUUGUCAUCGAAAAUGGUGUCCGCAUACCCACCGAACGGCAUUUAAGAGCUUGUGUUUGCAAACUCAAGCCCUGUAUUAGGUUCUGUUGUCAACCGGGUUUCUAUUACGACUUAGAUGUUAAAAACUGUUUGCCCACCAAUUCUACAGAUCCACAAUUAACGCAAGAUUCUUUUACCGUUCAUUUCGGAAAUGAUAGUACAGCCUUGGUGACAACCUCUACGCAUUUUCUUAUACAUCAUGGCACACCCUGUGAUAAUAUGAAUUUAAGGCUUAAAGAUAAGAAACCCGUUAAUUGGACUUUAUAUGAUAACGGUACCAUUGCCUACAAGAACUUUUUGUUUCCUAAACACUAUUGUUAUACGUCGUUACCGGAUCGUGAUAAAUCGGAAUCGAAUGCGACGGCAUUGACUUGGCAUUGGCAGCCGUUGGCUUGUAUACAGGAGAGAUUUCCAUUCGUUUUAGAAGUACGCGAAUGGACCUAUGCUAUAUGUCUUAUUAUUACCGUAAUAUGUAUGAUCAUCAUUUUAUUUGUCUAUUUAUUGUGUACGGAAAUGAGAAAUACAUUUUAUGGAGUGGCCAUAAAAUCUUACGCUUUAUGCAUCAUUAUCGGUUACUCACUGUUGGCACAUUUAACACUGACAAAUCCGUCGAAUAUGUCAAAAUAUUCCUGCUCCAAAAUACCCAGUUUUGCCCUACUCUACAUUAUUCUAUCAUUCUAUAUAUUAAGCUUUAUUAGUUUCAAUUUCUAUUUAAGCUUUUUUGGAAUCAUUUUGAGUAAAUUGAUGUUCUGGUUUAUAUUCUUUCCAAUUGUAUUGGUGGUGGCGUGUUGGUCGUUUUUCGUAAGUUUUGAUUACUACAACAAUAAGCCCGUAUUUGGAAAUGAUACUUGUUGGUUUGAUCCUCGCAACUUUUCCAUAGUUGUUUAUUUGUAUGCCCCCAUUAUAUUGGCAUGGAUAUUUAAUGGCAUAUUUUAUAUAUUAUCAUUGCUGAGAAUGAGUGAAGGUAUAGAGGGUGGUGAAACUUGCAUAAAUAAAUUAAUUGCUCCAAUUUCAAGGAAUCGUUUCAAAUCGUUUUGGAAAUUCUAUAGCUACACCUUGAUCUCGUGGCUGGUGUGCAUGAUCUCAUUUGCCAUUAAUUACUAUCGCGAUGAGAAGACUCAUAUCAACUAUGUGGUUUGUUUAUUUGUGGCUUUCCAUGGUUUUGGCUCCCUGUACGCUUUGAUUGGUAAAAAUAAUCAAAUACAAAACUUUCUUCGUCGUAUUGAGGAGGAAGCUGAUAAUGAUGAUGUUGCCGAAAUUUCAGUGCCAAUGAGACCAUUUUAAUUUUUGUUUCGUUUAAUU